AUGAACAACUACAGCUCUGAAACGUGUUCUGCUCAUCAAGCAGAGCAAACCUUCCUCCGCUGCUUGGCAAUUUUCUCGUGGAUUCUCAAAAUUCUGACAGUUAUCCUGUAAGUUUCACAACAGAAUCCCUUGGAAGUAGACUUAGACCGAACAUUUUCAGUUUCUCCUCGACGGUCCGUCGCACUGCUCAAGAAGAAGAAGAAAGACGCCAGAGGGAAGAUGAUGGGCAGCGCGCAACAGUCCCGAGAAGACUUCGCCGGGUCACCUACCGUCAUGUUCCUCAGAACAGCGACCAACUCCGUGAGCAUCGUCAUCUUAACUGAUAAAUGCACCAAAUCCACAUUUCUCGAUCCUUUUUCCUUCUUCCCAAAUUCGUAUUCUUACCGAAUGAAAUUCCGUAUUUUGUAUCACAUGAUUGGGUGUUGUUUGUUCGGAGAGGAACUACGCAAGCUACCGUAUUUCCGUGCGUCAGCUCCUCGAUAAUGUAUUAGGAAUGUAGUUCUGAACACAUUUUCAGGCGAGAACAGACGAAUGUUCUCGAGCCGCCUCUCACCGCGCUUUUCGUAGUUGUAUAGUAUGAUGACGAUCGGGAUCGUCACCUUCAAUUCGAUACCACGCAUUUUUCACUUGUUCUCCGUUGCUCGAAGACCUUUCAAGCACAUCUUUUCUGAGAAAAACCAUCCGUCCAAUUCGAAAACAGUUAAUUUUGAGCACCGUCAAUGAAUUCAUGAGCUCCUUUUCUUUUGUCGCGUUCCUACUGGUUGUUGCCAUAGGUAAUGGGAGCCAAGGGGGACCACAGAGAGACGCCACGAAAGAACGUCUUUUACGCCUUUUUUUCAAUGCUUAUUUUCAUCGACUGUGAUGUUUGCAGUUUUCUGGUCUAUUUGGGAAAGUUAUUCGUCGUCUCAAGUUUUACCAUUUUUAGUUUAUGAGCAAUUUCAAAGCGAUUAUUUCGGCCAAGCCAAAUUUGGAAAGAAUGGGUAGGGAAGAAUUCCGCCAAUGAGGAGGGUUCCACUUGAGCCAAGUCUAGGUAAAAAUACCGAAUUUCACACCGAAUUGUACUUGUUCCUUCCUUUUUUUCGAUGGUUACCGGUUUUUUCCCAAAGUAUCCUGAACUUUAGUCCCACUCCUCAUUUUUGAGCUCCUCACUUUCUCUUCAAGAUUCAUUAGCCAAUUUCCGUAUCUUCAUACUCUUUCCUUCGGGUUUUUGCUCUUAUUCUCGUCGUCUCCUCAAAUCUUGCGAUCCCAUAAAAUUUGGUGCUUUGCCCCGCCCCGUGCCAAACCGAUACAAUUAAUUCGCUGGUCGAGCUCUCCCAAGCGGCUCCGCUCAUUUCUUUCUUUCGGCUCGCCCCUUGGAAGGUGAGUUACCCUGCUUCCUUUUGGCUGAAACACUGAAAGGUAGGUGAAGAAAAGUGAGAAGGGCUAAGGAUAGGAUAUAGUUACAACUUCACAAACAUUACUUCCAACUCGAAUACUGUCAAGCAUUAGGCAUAAAUAAUGCCGGUCAUUUCCGUUUCAUUAUUUUAUUUUAUCUCGGUUUUACAUACAACAACACCGAGAAAAAAGAUUUUCAGAAGUUCCCAAAUGAUGUCCAAACGGAGACUAUAAUUUCCUCCUUGGUGACUUCGCAUACGCUUCAACGGAAUAUGUUAUUAUCUACAGGUUACUUAAUGGAGGCAAUCUUCAUGAUUUUCCAAGUUUUCAGUUUUUGUGCUCUCCCUAAACUUGGUAGUUUCAAUCAAUUCUUUUAUGUCGAAAAAGCACGCACAACAUUCGUCUCAGACAGUGUUUAAAGGUUUUCGAGCCUUUUCUUAGAGUCAGUCACUUCUUCACAACUCCAAAAUGUGAAAUUGCCACAUACAGAGCAUUCAAUGAAUGGCUAGUCGUGUGCAACAAUCUGCCGUCUUCUCUUCUCACCCCAAGUGCAGAAUCAAUUCUUCCAUGUUCUCUCAUCCGUUUAUUUUCAACGUUUUCUUCUUGCUUUUCAAAAAAGCUGUUUUCCUCAGGACGAAAGUCCUCAUCACAGUUUUUGAAUAACCGGUUCUGAUCCGCGCAGUACCUAGUUUCCAAUGUUUUCUUUAUAACUUUGUUUUCUCUCGUAAGAUGUUUCUAGCUUACUCGACGCGCAGCCUUCUGAGCCCUACUGUUCCGGUCACCAGCUUUCUUCUGUGGUUCGCCAUUGCUGUCGCGGUGUCCAUUGCUGUUGGACUCUUGUGAGCACAUCAGAAGUACUGAUUCUCAGCAAUACCUUUCUCGUUUCAGCGGCGUCUGCUGCAUGUGUCUCAUCGAGCGUUACUUCGAACGUCGUCGCGCCGUCCGUGCUUCCCGUGUCGCCGCUCGUUUCGAUCGCGACGAUGACACAGCCGUGCUCCUCACAACAUGCCUUGAUGACGGGACUCCUUUGAUCUGA